GUCAGAAGCCACAACUUUUGUCUACAAAGGACUAGGUGUCCCAUCGGAAGAACAAGGCGAUCAAGCUUAGAGACCCACCGUGAAUUCAGAGCUUACAAGGUUUGGUUGUCUAAAUAAUUGAUUCCGAGGUUGGGCUUAGGUGGGCAAAUAUGGGGCCCAAAACUAGAUGAUGAUUGAUGAGAAGGGGAGAUUUGAGUAGAGUUUGAGUGGAAACUAGGUGAACAUGCCGGAAGAAAAAUUUAAUGAAAAGGAUUAAAAAAAACCUUAAUUGUACCAGUUGGGGAACCGCAGGGCGUAGGAAAAGAUGGUUUUGGUGGAAAUUUGACGAGAGGUCCGGCCGGUUGCGGGUCGCUUCCACCCUCUUUCUACUAAAACUCUCCUUCCUCUACACCUUCUCCUCCCACCUCCACUCCUUACCUCCUCCUUCUCCUCCUCCUCCUCCUCCUUACUGCCUCUCUCUCUCUCUCUCUCUCUCUCUCUCUCCCUCCCUCUCAGAUUUCGUUUCCUUUUCUCCCCCACCAAUCAGACAGAAAAGCUUACAGCAACUCACAUCUCCUCCUCCUUGAAAGCAAGUUGGAUCCUCAUUGGCUUCUUUUUCUUGUUUUCUUUCUUUUGUCGACAAAACCUUCAUCUCCCAGCCAAAAGAUGAGCCCUCCCCUCCACUGAACCAAGUUAGCAUCUCUCUCAUACACACGCUAUCCAUCCAUGCACUCGAGCCUCUACUUGUACCAACCAACGCAAGAAGCGUAAAGCUUUGCUCUCUAAGCAAAAUGGAGAUCCUUCAUUGACCUUAUUGCAGCUUCUUCCCCAGUCCAUUCAACACCAACACCAACACCAAAAAAGAACCCAUUUUUUCCCUACUUCUCCCACUAGACAACAUACAAAACCACAAAAACGCUGUCUUUUGACACCAAUGGCCGAUCGCCCCAACUCUUCUGAGCCCGAAAGCAGCGGCGCCAAUUCCAUGUCAUCCCUCUCGUCCCCUUCCUCCCUCUCCCGGGCCACUCAGAAUCCAUUGCCAAAGACUAAGAAGGGCAACCCCAACUUCUCUCCUGAGUCCAAGAAGGGCGGUGGCGUGAAGCGCUCGCGGGAUAGCAGUAGGCAUCCGGUGUACAGCGGCGUCCGCAUGCGGAACUGGGGGAAGUGGGUGUCCGAGAUCCGGGAGCCCCGCAAGAAGUCGCGCAUCUGGUUGGGGACCUUCCACACGCCGGAGAUGGCGGCGCGCGCCCACGACGUCGCCGCCCUCAGCAUCAAGGGCGCCUCCGCCGUCCUCAACUUCCCGGAGCUUGCCGGCACCCUCCCCCGCCCGGCAACCCUCUCCCCGAGCGACAUCCAGGCGGCCGCGGCCAAGGCCGCCUCCAUGGACCUCGCCGCCCCGCAGGAGGAGGCGACGGAGGCCCCUCCUUCACCGGCGACCCCCGAGGAGCUGGGGGAGAUCGUGGAGCUGCCCCGGCUCGAUAAUAAUUCCUUCCUCGACUCGGCCGACUCGGGCGGCGAGUUCCUGUACCACGACUCGGUUGACUCGUGGGCGGACCCGCUUCGGUGGGCGGCGGAGCGCGGCGACGAGUACGGGUUCUCGUCGGAUCAUAUGUGGGGUUUGUCGGACGGAUUGGUUCCGACCAACUUUGAAGCUCUCUUGUGGGAUUACUAGAUAGAAGAGCAGGGAGGGAGCUUUUGAAACUCGUCGAUCUCUCUGAAUCUUUCCGUGCAAUGGUCCUUUUAUUUAUCUGCAAGCCUUUUUUAUGUCUCUUCUGUACUUCACCCUUUUCCUUUUUGUGGGGCUUUUUGGAUUUUCCCACGUUAGUUUUUCAUCUUGAUCAAAUUGGCUCCGGGAGUAGCCACCAUUCCCUCUCGCCGCUGACUGAUCAAUUGUAUAGCGUUUUGGAAAGGAUUGGGAGAAAAAAGAAAUAAAGAUAUGGAAAUUAAGAUAUUCGGUUUGUGCAAGUAAGAAUAUUUUGCUCCCCUUACUUUUGGGCAUAGAUUCACUAGGAUGCAUGCAGCAUUGCAGCAUGCUACCUAACCAUUGUUGAAAAAUGAAUAGCAAU